AUGAUCAUGGAUUCAGAAAAACCCAUUUCGUCCCUAGGUUUCUCGCAUGCUUGUUGGAGCCUCAUUCGACUCUCUCGAUUCGACCGAUACAACUCCCUGCUUGCUCUCUUUCCAUCCAUCUUCACAACCUUGCUGGCUGGCGCAUUGCGGCUACGCCAGAAUCCCAAUGAAGUCAGUCUUGGAUUCGUUUUCAGCCAGGCCCUGAAAUGCGCCCUACACUGCUACGUCUUCAGCGGCGCGGGCAUGGUUUGGAACGACUGGAUCGACUGUGACAUCGAUGCCAAAGUGGAACGCACCAAGAACCGCCCAUUAGCCUCGGGGCAGGUGCGAGUCUCGCAUGCGCUCAUCUGGAUGGCCAUCCAGUAUCUCGCUGCGGGUGCAAUUCUUCGCUCCGCAGUGGACAAUCCAUCAGUGUUGGGGUUUGCGUUGGCCUUCGAGACGAUCGGAACAGCUUGGUAUCCGUUCGGGAAACGGCCCGCCGCCCGGAAAUGGUAUAUCUACCCCCAAUUCGUCCUUGGUGCGCUGGGUUUGCCGCUGGUGGUAUCCGGAUGGGCUGCCAUCUACUAUCCGGAGCGUUUGGGUCUCCUGGAAUCCAUUCAGCGCGCUUUGCCGCUGUCGUUUCUGAUGUUCAUUUGGACAUUGUACUACAAUACGGCCUACAGUUACCAGGAUGUUGGGGACGACCGCAAACUGGACGUGCACUCCAUGUACGUGCUAGCCGGGCAGAAUAUUCACGCAUUUAUCGUUGCCCUUGGCGUUCUGGUCCUGGGGAAUAUUAUCUGGGUGUUGGUGGAUGUCGAGUCAACCUGGUUGUGGUUUUCGUGGAUGGGUGUGUGGACGAUCGCGUAUUUCUCGCAAUUCCACCAGUUUGAUCCGGCCCGUCCAGAGACUGGGGGCUUUGUGCACAAGCAGAAUGUCAAGUUGGGGGUGUGGGCAGUUUUCGCGUGUAUGGUUGAGGUCCUUCUGGCCGGGAUGUAA